CGGAAUUGUCAGCACCGAAAGCCUUUCUCAAAGAAGACGCUGACGCCGCAUUUUUUGGCCGCGACCCUCUCGCCAGCGACCAGCACGGCCGUGUUGAAGCACCCUCUCCAAUGGGCAGUUUUGUCGACGAGCUUUUGGUGCUGCUGCGCGGUGCUGUCGAGGCGCUUGCCUCAAGCAUUCGCGAACGCCGCUCGGACGACGUUUCUGCCACCACGGUGAGCGAGGCGCAUCACAAUAACGCUACCGCCGACAUGACUCCAUUCGGGGCUCGUGCCGCCAACGCUCCUUCGCUCCCUGCGACCACGGCCCUGUUUGUAGAGCUGCCAUUCGUCAUGGUGUCUGUCAUUCUCAAGCUUGGUUGCUAUCUUGUGCGGGCGUCGGCUGCCGGACCGGCAAUCUUUGCCUCGUCCAUGGCCAACUGGCAAGAAGCUUGUUGCAGCGUUCUGGCGCUUUCGCAUCUCGACGCGCCCGUCAUCAACGCGACCGAACUCUUGCGGCUGCUUUGCGGCUCGGACGAAGACUUUUCGAGUGUGUUUGAGGGGUACAUGUACUCGCGCCUGUUGAGCAAGAUUUCGACCUCCCCUGUCUUUGUCUCCGCAACUCGUACGAAUCUUGCCAACCAGUCGUCGCAGCUGGUCGCUUCGCUUGCCAUGACGAAUGGCGCUUGGACAUAUGAUGAUUACUUGGCCGUUUCCGACAAUCUCGCCCGCAUUCGCUUGUUGGCCACCUCCAGCCCUUCGUCCUGGCAGGCCUACUGUGUCGCAAACCCCUCCACUCUUGCGCACCUCUUCCAGAGCGUCUUUGGUCUGCCUGAAGGCAUUGCACUUGAUGUUCUUGAACUGAUUUCUCUUGCAUUCGAGAAGGCGGUCGAGGAAGACGCUGCGAGCCCUACGCCGUCCGCCGCCACAAAGCCCGCUGCCAAAGCCGAUGCGCCCAAUGCUUCCACCACCACCACGGCCGCCCCGAACGGCGGCUUUUCCUUCGCGAACAACAUUUCUCCAGCAAAUGGUGGUUUCCGUUUCGGGGAGUUCCCGCCCAUCAACUUUGGCUUUGUUUCUUCCGGUGAUGGCGCCUCCUCCUCCUCCUCGAGCACUGCUGCUCCUCCGGCUGCUCGUAAUAAUGGGUUUGGAUCCUUUGGGCUUGGACUCUUUGGCUUGUCCCAGCCCCAAGCCGCUGCCGCUGCUGCUGCUGCCACGCCCAAAGAAGGACGUUCCACUGCUGCUGGCAAAGGCAACCAGUCAUCCAGCCAACCAAAACCCGGCGACGGCGCUAGUGCUGACAUUCCCUUCUUGCAUCUUUUCGAAUUUGUCACGUUGCUGCAUGAGAGCGGCAGUGCGAUUCGUACUGCUCUGGAACUCUUGCAUGCUUCCCGCGCAAUCAGCAAGGCUGGGCGACAGUCGGCGCGAUCGCAGUCCAAGCGCCCCGCGGCAGAUGGUGCUCCCAGCUCUUCUUCAGAUGCAACAGAAUCCCAAGCCACCACCACCACUGCUUUGCGGAAAGUCACUGCGCCUGCUUCGCUUGCCUCUCUGUUGGACAACUUUUUGCUCGCUCCAGAGGCGCCCAUCACUCCUCUCCAACACCCAGAGAGCGAUGGAUUGGUCGCGUCCGACCGCCGGGCGUUUGGCCUCGGCACGUUCUUGCGCCGCUUCUUGUUGAGCGACGCGUCCCAACCACUCCGCAGCCGUGCCAACAAGCUGGUCAUGGCUGCGUGGCAGUGCGCAACCACAGCUCAGCAGCAACGCAUUCUGCUGGCGUUGUGGGAAUCUUGGCCAGUUCUCGCCAACUUUGGUCGCUCUGGUGCAGAGUUUGUUCGACUCAUUGAGCUGGCCAUCGACGAGACCGACUGGAGCUCGAUGGAUGCCUCGACGCUCACGCGAAUGGCGCAUGUCUUUUCCGACUGUCUUCACGAGCAAAACCUGGCCAUGCAACAGCAUCCAAACGCCUUCAUCUAUGCAAACCUCGAGCAGCUGGUCGAUGUGGACGGCUACUAUCUGGAGAGCAGUCCCUGCCUGCGAUGCAACGACUCUGAGCUGCCCGUUGCGAAUUUGAAGCUCUCCAAUCUGCGAGCGGAAGCCAAGUUCACAGACAGCACGCACAUGGUCAAAUUGGUGUCUGCCUUGUCCAUCCAGGGCAUUACCAUUCACAUUUCCGACGUCAAGCCCGGCCGGAUGAUCAAGACCAUCAAGCUGUACAGCAACACCAAGACUGUCAGUGAAAUUGGCGCGCUCAAGAACAAGUGGCAGCUUUGGAAGCGCAUUUCGACUGUGCACCUCAAACCCAACCAAAAGGAGGCGCACAUUGACUUCCCGUUGCCCGUUCUGGCUCGCAACUUUUUGAUCGAGUACGCCGAUUUUUACGAAUCCGCCGGCAGCUCGGAGCGGCUCAUGUGCCCUCGCUGCCACCGCGUUGUCACAGAUCGCCACGGCCAUUGCUCAAACUGCGGCGAGAACGCAAACCAGUGCCGCGAGUGCCGCAACAUCAACUAUGAAAACCUGCGCGCCUUCCUUUGCAACGAGUGUGGCGCGUGCCAGUAUGGCCGGUUUGAUUUUGUGUUUGAGGCGCGCAAGUGCACGGUGGCCGACCCCGUCGAGACAGAAGACGACCAGAAACGCACGCUGGCGUCUAUGGAGCGUGUUAUGGAGUCUGCACACACGUCCUACCAGCAGCUGCUCGCUCUGAAAAGCCAUGUCGUCAAGGCUCUCAUUACGCGGGAUGGUUCUUCGUCGUCUUCGUCGUCCUCGUCCGCGACAACAGCGAACGGCGAAGCAUCUAAUGCUAAUCUCGCCACCAGCGUGUUUGGCGGAAAUGCAUCCAACACGUCUGGCGGCGCCAACACUUUCAGCUUUGGCUCCUUGUUUGGCAACAACGAUGCGUCUUCGUCGAACAAUGCUGGAAACGGCGGCAACGCUGGAUUUGGUCUGUUUUCGGGCCUGCGCGGUGGCGCCACUACCACUUUCUCGUUCGGAGGCGGCGAUGCCUCGCAUGCGUUUGGAACCAGCUCGAGCUCGGGCAACGUGCAUCCCGUCAUUGCCCAGGUUGCCACUCUCUAUGGACGCCAGUGCAAGACCGUGUUUGAGUCGCUCGUCACCUCUGUCAAAGAGUUGCAGCUGCACCGACGUGAACUCUUGUUGUACAAUGCCGCAAAGCAAAAGCCCGUCUCGGUCGGUGAAGGUGCCAAUGCAGUCGCCCCUGCCUCUGCAGCCAUCAUCAACGGACUCGGCAAUCCAUUUGAAGCGAGCAUGUCGUUGCUGUUGGCCGACCCUCCGUCCGGUAGUAGUAGUAGCACGGCGCUGGCUGCUGCAAGAGCAACCAAUCUGUCCUCCGUCCAACAGCAGCAGCAGCAGCAGCAGCAGCAGCAGCAGCAGCACUGUUGCUUUGGGUGCGCCAAGUCCUUCCUUUCGUUGGCCCUGCAAGUGUUUGCCAAGCUUGCCGACUCGAAGGAAUUGCGUCCGCAUCUGGGCACCCAUCUCAUUGACGAGCUCUUUGUCAAAAACCUCACGUCGGGCUCGCCGGCCAUGCGCCAGUCGACGCGCGUUGCGCUUUGCCGACUCGUGCAGCAAAACAAGCCUGCUUCCGAUCGCUUGGUCGAGCUCUUGCGCGAACGAUUCCUGACUGUGCUUGCCAGCAUCAAGAGCGGCGGUGGCUCUGCCGUCUCGAUUCAGGAUGAAAUGGCGCUCAUCUCCGACCUGUGCUUGCUGGAUGACACCCUGUGGGAGUCGAGGCUUUCGCUCACCGUGGAUCUCUUCUUCCACGUCAUGCGUACUUCCAUGGCACCUGCCGUGAUUGAACAAAUGAUUCUGCCCUGCAUGCGUGUCAUCACGCACGUUUGCAGCUCGGCGGAGGCCGUUCAACUGCAGCUGGCCCGUCAGCAGCAGGAAGAGAAGGAGUCUGUGGCUGCUCUGCAAGCGGCCACUGCUGCUUCUGCCCGCGCACAGGCCUCGUCAUCGUCCUCCUCGUCAGGCCGUCGAGGACAGCACAACCAUCUGCGCCGGCGCGGUGGUCGUCGAGGUCGAUUUGGACGUCGCGGUGAGCUUUCCAGUCGUCAGCAACACAUUGACCACAGCGGUGGUGACGAAGAGGAAGAGGAAGAGGACGACCAUGAAGCCGAUGAAUACGCCGACGAUGACGACGCCCAUGCGGCCGAGGAAGACCAUGAUGAUGAGGAUGACGACGACGACGACAAUGACGACGACGAUGACGAGGAUGACGACGACGCCAUGCUGGAUGAAUUUGCCGAAGACGAUCUCCAGCAGUCGGAUUGGCGCAAUGAAAACCAGCCGCCCGUCGAGCACGUUUUGGAGGAGGUUCACGACCUUCCGGACGACCACAUCCCCGGAUACUCUUCGCUCAGUGAAGAAGAAGAAGAGGGUGAGGACGCCCACAUGUUCCACGACGAUGCUCAGGAAGACUGGGACGACGUGCCUGCCGACGGAGAUGAUGACGAGCAGGACGAAGAGGCCCAGUUUGCGGCGGCCAUGGCUGCAGCCACGCGCGCGUCUCUUCGCGAAGCUCGCCGUGCAAUCGAGAGCUCGAACGCGACCCUUGCGGAACUUCGCGCUGCCUCCCCCGCCAACACCGCCGCCGCAGCACCCGCAAACACGAGUGCCAACCCCGUCGUGCCGUCUGUCCGGUCGCAGACCCUGCCGAAACCUGCUGAAAAGAAAGGCGUGGAGCCUGCCCGUGCUACUCGUCGCGCAACGUUUGUGCUCGCGCACCCUGGGUGGCAUGCCGUCGCCUCUGCGCUCUCCAUUCGGGCUUGCGUGCGCCUCGCCGCCGGCUCGGACGACAAGGCUGUGGCCCCUGCGGCCCAGCCCUUGGUGCGCUAUGCGUUUGCGGUGUGGAAACAAUCGGCCGCGCAACCACAUGGCUCUGAUGCGCGAGUGUCGAAUUGGCUCGCGCAGCUGCUGUUUGCCGAGUCUUCCCUCACGACGCGGCAGUUGACGUGCGAUUUGCUCGAAGCCCUGAUCAAUCCCGACUCUGCCAAGCGGCCGUUUGCGCUGCUUGAUCUUCUCGUGCGCUUUGCGCCGUUGGUUGCCGGCAAGGGCGAGGCUGCGACCCAGGUCCUGACGUUGCUGCAGCGGCUCACAGCCAGCAGCGAAGCAAAGCUGUACCUGGCCGCCAGGGGCUUUGUCGCCACGCUGCUCACGCUUGUCAAGCAGGAAGUCCAUCGCCUGCUUCGCGCCGAGUCCAACACCGCCGCGUCGCUCAACGUGAGCGAAGGCUCCGUGCUGCGCGCCGUUGUGGCCAUGCUGGUCGACUUUUUGAGCGUUUCCAACAUCCAGCAGCGCUUCAAGGCCGACAACCAUGUCGGCAGCGUGCUUGACUGCUAUCUCAGUCUGCGCCGCUUGUUUUCGACGCGGACCAAGCUCGUCGAUGACUGCGAGCGCAUGGUCUUGGAUAUUCUGAACAAGCUCACAACUGGCUCUGACACUGAGACGCGCGCAUUCAUUGCUGCCUGCAUCAAGUCGCUCGAUGCCAGCGUGGACGAGCAAACCAAGCGGUUUAUUCUGGAGCAGAUUGUCAACAUUGUCGCGCCCGCGCCGAAAGUCCCCGUCUUCCAGGUUCAACUCUUCAAGAUGCAAUCGCAAGAGGAGUUUAUUCGUGGAAACAUGUCCAAAAACCCGUACUCGUCCACGGUCUUGGGUGAGACGAUGCGUGACGUCAAGAACAAGAUUUGCACCGAUCUCGAAAUGUUUGGCUUGAUUGAGGACGAUUUCGGCAUGGAGCUCUUGGUUGGUGGCAAGAUUGUCAAGCUCGACCUGCUUGUGGCUGACGUCUAUGAGCAUUUGUGGAAGAAGCGUAUUCUCGCUGCUCGAGCCUCCUCGUCGCGCGAGGACGAUCCCAGUUUGCUCGCCCCUGGCGGUCGGAUUGGCCGUCGACAGGCGCGUGCCACCCAACAAGCAGCAGCAACAGCAGCCGUCGCUGCUAGCGGGUCGGACGCCAACUCGUCGUCAUCUGCGGACGCGUCCAUCCCUGCCAUGAAUGUGUUUUACCGGCUCCAAGGUCUGGACGGCGAAGCCACGGAAGACAUUGUCGAGUCGUUUGACAGCAAGACCGACAAUGUUGUCGACCCUGAGCAACUGUACAGCAUCACUGCCGUCAUGCCCGAAUGCAACGGCCUCCAGGUUUUGCUGCGGCAGAUUGCCUCUGUGCCUGAUUUUGUUCGGUUCAAGGAACUUGGCCAGCUUGCGAUCAAGUUGCUCAACUGCUGCAUGAUUCGAGUCAACCGCACAGUGCUGGUUGCCAAUGACGCAGGUGCCCAUACCAUUAACAUUCUGCUGCGUGCGUUGAUGCGAGCCUUCCGCCAACGCGUGGAUGAUAUCGCCGAGGGCCUCUUGUCCGCCAUUGCCAGCGUUGCUGAAGAAGCCAGCGCGAUCGAUGCUGCUGCUGCUGCUGCUACUGCCGCUGCCGCCGCCGCCGCCGACCAACCAAGCUUGUCUGCGUCACCCGUGCUAUCCGAGUCGUCCUCGAGUAGAAAUGGCCUGGACACAGCGACCACCUCCAACAGCGACCCGUCGGUCGCUUCCGAUACUUCCCAGAUAGUCUUGUUCCUGGAGAAACUGGCCUCGCCGUUCGUCAAGUCCAACCCCCGCAUUCUUGCCGCGAUGGCUCGCAUUCUGUCCUUCCUUCCGUACGGCGAUGAGGACAAGAUGCGAGCUCUCAUGGACCACUUUGAUGUGUAUCUCGACUUGACGCAGAAUGACGCCAUUGUUCGCGGCACCCUGCCACCCACUGUUGCUGUUACUGCUGCUGCUGCUGCUGGCGCCUCGACGGAGGGUGACUCUGGCGAGUCUGCCUCGACCGUGUUGGCGCCGUCGAUGACUGCCGAGGAUGUGCAGCUGCAAGUGUCGUGCUUCCACCAGCUGGUGGCUGCCAUCAAGAACGACGCCAACGGCAUCAAGCUCAAAGACUACAUUGUCAAGCGCGGCGUUGUCAAGAAGGCCGUGUCGUAUCUUCAAAGCCAUCUGCCCGAGCUGCCUGCAGGUGCAACGUCGCUCGCUGUGGCCGCGCCCACCGUCACUGCCCUGUCUGCUGCGGCGGUCGCUGCGGCCGACGCGGGCCCCUCGGGUUUGUCGGCUGGCGGUGAAGCCCACGCCGGCGCGGUGUGGGUGGACUAUCUCACCCGCCCAAUGCUGCCUGUGGCUCUGCGUGUGCUCACCGGUCUUGUUCGAGGCGGUCACUCGGCGUCGUCGCGCAUGCUUGUGGAAGAAGAGCAGGCUCUUUCGCUCGUCCACGGUCUCGAGCAUGUGUCGUCUGCCGAGAAGAUUGGCUCGAUCGCUGAAGCCCUGCUCGAGGCCGUCGUCGCAGGAAACGCUGCAGGGGCUGGAGAUGUCGUGCAGACAUUGCGCAAGGCGACUGCGGACGACAAGCGCAAGCUCGCCCAAGCCAAGCGCGACAAGAUGCUGGGCUCGCUUGGCUUCAAGUUGAAUGACAAGGGCAAAGGCAGUGCCAUCAUCACCACCUCGGCCAGCGGCACCAUGCUGCAAGACCUGGAGCAGCUCAAAGACACGAAAGGCCCCGUGUGCAUGAUUUGCCGUGAAGGCUACGACUUUAAGGACGACGACCCUCUCGGUGUGUAUGCAUUUGCCAAGAGCGUUGCGCUCGAGGGCGAGUCGCGCCUGGGCCGGCGUGAGCACGGCUACUCGACCGUGACGCAUUUCAACGGCAUUCACGUGUCCUGCCAUCGCGAGGCCGUGCGUGCAGACCGGUCGGCACGCCACGCCAAGAACGAAUGGGAGGGAUCGACGGUGCGCAACGAGUCCAAGUGCAACUGCAUUUAUCCGAUUCGCGGUCCGGGCGUGAGCACGGACGUGUAUGCGGGCAUGGUCGAUCGCCUGUUUGGCAACUGCACUCCCCUUGGCCGCAUUGAUUCAGAGCGCUACAGGAUUGUGUGUCACGACAUGGUCCAGUUGCUGUUGCGCUAUGCGUACAAGCUGUCCUUUAGCGCCGACAGCCAAGGAGGUGGUCCGAGCAGCAACAUUCAGCUGCUCCCGAUUCAACUGCAGCUAGCCACCUAUGCCAUCGACACGAAGAGCACGCAACGCGUUGCCGCCACCACUGUGCUGUCCCAAUUCCUCAACGACGAGCCGUCCACCUGGCCGAAAUCUGUCUGCGCUGUGGAUGGUCUUUGCUACAUGCUUGUGCUCUCGCUUGUUCUGCAGACCGAGUCCGAAUGGCAAGCGGUGCGCCUGGCCUUUUUGAAGCGAUCGUUGCUGCUCGGCUCGAUUCGGCACAAGCAGCGGGCAACCAGUCCCAGCGGCGCUGCGCAGCAGCCUUCUGGAUCUGCCGCCUCGCAGACUGCUCGAAAUGGCUCGGCCUCCUCGGCACGCGAUGUCAGUCAUGACGACGAUGGCAUUGACGAUGACGACGACGACGACGAGUACGAGUCAGCCAGCGAUAUGGAUGACGAUGAAGCAUCGGAUGCCGCUGCCGCUGCUGCUGCCGUUCGCGAUGCCGCUGAGGACGACAAUGAUGACGAUGGUGGGCUGUCGCUGGCAGCGCGCCAAAGCAACGGCGCCGGUGCGUCGACAUCCGGUGCAUCAACGUCCCGUCCUCAAGACUCGCAGGAGAAGGAUGGCGAGCCAGCCAGCUCGUUUGUGGUCUUUUAUCGACCGCUGCUCGUCUUUUUGGCGAUGGUCGAUCGCUUGCAAUCCGUCAUGAAGCGCAACCUGCUGUCCGAUGGCGAUUCUCGACCAGUCACGCUUGCGGUGCAUGAGCGAAUUCAGCGAAACGGCCACAUGAUUCAUGAUGAGAUGGAAAAGCUGUUCGAGUUUUAUGAAUCCCUCAUCGAGUGUGAAUCGUUUGACGAGUUUUGUGACGUUGCUGAAUGGCUCUCCAUGCUCGAGUCUGCGGGUGAAUCUUGCGAGGAACUUUACGCCACGUAUGACUCCACCGCGUAAAACACGGUUUGUUUCAUUUUACACCUCUAAAAAUGUUCAUUGUUGUACUUGUAUGAUUGUGUGUGUCUGUUUGUGUAUGUUUGUGUGUGUAUUGCAGUCUGUCCUUGAUGUUCUUGUACUUGUAGUUUGUUGUUUGUGAGUACAGUGUUUACCUGAUGAAUGCGAC